AUGUCGAGUUACAGUCGCUCAGAGCGUUUCGCAUACCUAACUCUAGUCGCGCUCUACUACUAUGGCCGUCUACUGUGCGUGUUCGACUGGAAGUUGGAAAAGUCAAAGAUGCUAGUGCGACCUACAAAAUGCACAAACCGCAUUCUACUGUUGAUUUGGCGCAUUUUCAUCACAAUGAUUUUCAUCUCGGUAAUGCCAAGCAUGAUGGCACCAUUUCAACGUUUAUCCAUCGAUAGCUUUUUAGCGUUCUUUGCGAAUUUACAAGUGAUCACCGUAACACUCUUCUCCGUUAUCUCUUUUCUUAUACAAGAACUAUCGGAGCGUAAAAUAUUUAAAAUAAUUGAAAAAAUUGUUAAAAUCUACAAGCGAAUUUACGGCAAAUCGCACGUGCGGCAAAUACUCGGCCGAACUUUUGUGUUUUCUGUCAUAACGAAAUUGCUGCUCAGCUUCUUGGGACUGAUCUAUGAGGUACCGCUAAUCUUGGAAGGUGAUCAGUCAGUUAAGAGUUUAUGUGGCAUCUACCUCUGGUUGGGCACAAUAUACACCUUGGAUGCUUGCUUUCUGGGAUUUUUGAUCAUUGGACAAAUGUAUACGGCCAUGGCGGCGCACUUGGGCGAGAUGGUACAGGCAAUGAGCGACUAUGAGUCUGAAGAACCGCUCAGCACUCUCAGCAAACAUGAACGUAUGAAACGACUGUGUGUGCAUUCGGAGAGUAUUGACGAUAGCAAUAAUAUUUACUUCGUUUUGUAUGGGUUGACGAAGCAGUUUCACCAUAUUUUUCGCUGGCAACUGAUUUACUCAAUCUACUACAACUUCGUGAUUAUACUCAUGGUAAUGCAUAGUUUCAUCUGGCAGUAUAUUUAUGCGGGUUAUGUGGACUUUUUAGCGUUAUUUUCGUCACUUUUCAAACUCUGGAAUUUAGCUAUGCUCAUAUUAGCCGCACAUGGCGUUGUUGAGAAGUCUCAACUGCCUGAUUUACUCAAUCUGGAUUUGGUGUGUUCGGAUAUCGACGCGAGAUGGGAUGAGAGCGUUGAAGCAUUCAUAUGCCAGCGUAAAGUGGAAAAUCUUGAAAUUAAAGUGUUGGGAUUCUUUCACCUCAACAAUGAGUUCAUCUUAGUCAUUAUAUCGGCCAUUAUGUCUUACCUUUUUAUACUAAUUCAGUUCGCUUUGACAAAACAACAAUGA